CGCUCUCCCUCCGCUCGUCUCUCCACUUCCUCGGUGAAGUUGUCGCCGCUGCUGCCGGGUGCGGUGCGGACCUCGGGGGGAUCGUGAGCCCGGCGCCCCCGCUGCUGCUGCCCCCGCCAUGGCCGGACACGAGUGGGACUGGUUCCAGCGAGAGGAGCUGAUAGGACAGAUCAGUGACAUCAGGGUGCAGAACCUGCAAGUUGAACGAGAGAAUGUGCAGAAGAGAACGUUCACCCGAUGGAUGAACCUGCACCUAGAGAAGUGCAAUCCUCCGCUGGAAGUUAAAGAUUUGUUUCUCGAUAUCCAAGACGGAAGAAUCCUGAUGGCGCUGCUGGAAGUGCUGACGGGGCAAAGUCUGCUCCACGAGUACAAGUCAUCGGCGCAUCGGAUCUUCCGUCUGAACAACAUCGCCAAAGCACUGAAGUUCUUAGAAGACAGCAACGUGAAGCUGGUCAGCAUUGACGCUGCCGAAAUCGCAGAUGGAAACCCCUCGCUGGUUCUGGGCCUGAUCUGGAACAUAAUCCUCUUCCUACAGAUUAAAGAACUCACAGGGAAUCUGAAUAGAAUGUCGUCCUCUUCCAGCCUGUCCUCACUGCCCAGCGGGAACGAGUCUGACACGUCUCAUCCCAGCACGCCGAGCACCGAGAAGAGUAUGUCGGUUUCAAUUAGGGAUCAACGCAGAGCGAUCAAAGCUCUUCUCAACUGGGUUCAGCAAAGGACGCGAAAGUACGGGGUCGCGGUGCAGGACUUUGCCAGCAGCUGGAAAAGCGGACUUGCAUUUCUUGCCAUUAUUAAAGCCAUAGAUUCCAGCUUGGUGGACAUGAGGAAGGCACUGGAGAGAUCAACCAGGGAAAAUCUUGAAGACGCCUUUAGCAUCGCCAAGAAGAGCCUUAACAUUCCGCGGCUUCUGGAGCCAGAGGACGUCAUGGUGGCCUCUCCUGAUGAACACUCGAUAAUGACCUAUGUCACACAGUUUCUUGAGCACUUUCCAGAACUUGCCCCGGAUGAUUUCACAAAUGAAGAAGCUCCCCUGGAGAUGACAUAUGUGCGGUAUAAAGAUGGGCCAACCGAGGAGGAAGGUCAAAUUAUUACUGUCAGUAGAGAGGAAGAUAAAGGCUACACAGUAGAACUUCAGACAAGGCCUCUCACACCACCGGAGAUACACGACUAUGCUGAAGUAGAUAUCUCAUGGGAUGAUAAGCUGAGUUUGGAGAAAAGUGCAAAAAAUCCAUUCCAGAUCCCAACCGAGAAGACGCGUAGGCAAGAGCUAAAAACGGAAGCCAGUGGAUUCAAGUUAGAUGGCGUCUUACGGAGACUAGAAAAGUCCCCAAGGAGAUCUGACGUGACCAGGAAAAUUCCUGGUGGACCUGAUGUCAAGACUAUAAAUGGUGAAGGAGAGAAUAAAGGUCCAGUUGACUCCUUCAACAUGAUGAAUGGAAAAAAUGCUCAUCCUGACGUGGGCUCUGUGAAAAAUGUCCAACGAAACUCUAAUUCAAGCUUCAGGGAUGCCAAUAAUAGCGAAUCAUCUUCAUCCUUCUCUUCUAUUUCCGAUAAGGAGCCCAAUGACAUAUUUUAUCAGACAGAAGUUGACUACAGUCAACUAAAGCCAAGAGUGACCUCAGAAAUAGUGACUUCUCCUAAGACGAGUGAAGACGAUGACGCCUAUAAGUAUGUCUCUCAUCAAGAUAGUCCAGUGGACAACCACACCAAGCAGCUGACAGUCUUCCAAGCCUAUAAAGGAAAUGGGAACGACGGUCAUCUCCAGUCUUCAGACAGUGAACCACAUGGAGAUGAGACUGACAGCCCACGUCCACCAAAGAUUUCCAUCAUCCCUCAUGAUUUAUUCUAUUAUCCUCAUUACAGCGUCCCCAUUGCAGACGUUUUGCAAGCCUUCUCUGACAACUGUCCGGAUAGCCUCCUGGAAAAGUCCUUCACUUUUGAUGUUUCAUCCGAGGAACAAGGAGGUGACAAUGAGACUCUCAGUAGUGGAGUCUACUUGGACACAGAGUCCACAGGAAGUGAUACUUCACUAGAAGAGUCUCAUGGGAUGAUUAUAGGUCUGGAGGACUCUGUUCUGGAUGUAAAUUAUGUAAAAACAAAUUCACAAGUGAUAAAUGGAUCAAUAGCUCAAGGUACUAGGGAUGUCUCGAACAGCGGUUUCAUCUUCGGUCCUGGCUAUAACAGAACAUUUCAGGAUGAUGGUACAGAUAGUUCAGAGGAGGAGCGGGAGGAGGAAUGGUUAAGAAGAGAAGAAUUUGUCUGUAGACGAGUAGAUCUGGUGGAUAGUGAUGAUUUACCGGAGGAAGAGGACAGAGCGGACAAACAAGCUGCAGAAACCGAGGAGUCCUGGCUGUCAAGGGAUACAGAGAAUGACAGCCGAGCAUACAGGAGGGGAGAACAGAACGCUCCCGGACAGUCAAAUUUUGCAGCUUAUUACAAUGUCAACGGAGAAGGAGAUCAGCUUUUAGGAUCCAGGAAAGAAGGGUUGAAUGAAGUCACCGUUCCUGGAAGACUUGCCAUGAGCUCCAGACGUCCCUCCUCCAGUGGCCAGUUCCCGGACGUCUACUACCCGCUCAUAUUCCUGUGGCUCCUCUUCUACUUCCUGCUCAUCCUUCCUGAGCUGGAUAUGAGCAAAGUUGCGUUUUUUGUAGAGAAUGAGUAAAGACUGUCCCCGUGGUGCUGUCGGGUCAUUUCACGGGGGCCCAUGGGUGCACUGAACAUGUUCUCCAGCAAUAACAGCUCAACCUGCUUCUUCAUUAUAAUGAUGCAAAAAAUAAGCAGGAAGGAUACAUGGGUGAGGAGGAGGUCGUUUUGUGCCUUUUGGGUAAAAAAAAAAAAUGUUAGUAAUUUCUUAAUGCUUUACCUUUAUAUUCUGGUAAUUAGUGGAUCUUGAUCAAUGAUCUGAAAGCCUAGCUAGAUGCCUCCUGUGGAUCAGCUGGUUAUACGGGGCCCAUAGCAAAAUAUAGAAUGGGGUCCUCUCCUUGUGUUGCUUCAUGUCAACACCACCAACCCUAGAAAGGAGGACCUGGAUCUUGUUCACCCUUCCACUGCCAAUCCCCCAUUGGAGAGGAUGGAGAACUUAUCAGGAUGGUUAUUUCCACCUUUGCUGAAACUUGAGGUGGCCCCUCAUCCUUCCCAUGGGCCCUUUAUAGCAAACAAGCCCCUCGGCUCUCUGCUGAACCUAUUAGUAUGUGGCAGCUCUUAUAAGUCCUUCCAUCAGCUGCCAUGAACCUGAUAAUCUCAUCAAACUACUGAAUUUUAAUAGUCGCUGACUACUUGAAUGGGGUGCCCAGUGCUUGACCACUGCUUUUACUGGGCACUUUCUCAUCCUCGACCACAAGGGUUUCCCAAACCCCUGUAUUCAGCUUCUGAAAGACAACCUCUGUAGAAGCUCCGCUGAGCUAUUCUAGUCCUGACAACCAUAAGUCACUCUGUCUACCAGGUUCACAUAGCAAAGCUCAACAGAGCAAAAGGAGCGUUAUAGUAAUAUUAUUAUCAGUGCUGUACACCUUCAGAUACCAUUUAUAUAUAGAACUAAUCUACAGAAGAAAGUCACUAUUACAUUACUUAUCCUGUACUGAUCCUGAGUUACAUCCUGUAUUAUACUCCAGAGCUGCACUCACUAUUCUGCUGGUGCAGUCACUGUGUACAUACAUUACUUAUCCUGUACUGAUGCUGAGCUACAUCCUGUAUU